GUGUGCAUUUUUGUAAUUUUGGCACGGUUGCAGGAAAACCCCACCAUAUAAAAGUGCAGCAUCAAUUUGGCAUUUUUAUUUCCAGCUCACUCCCGUUUCUUCCGACGGCUUCUCUUUUUUUUCUUCUUCACUUUCUCUUCAACGCAAAAUACCAAUGCUGAGUGCUAAUCCAUCAAAACUUACUACUGCGCAGAUGUUCCUUCCGAAUAAUCGAGCCGGUAACAGCGAUGCGUGUCGAACUAGCGGUGAUGCACUAUCGUCAGAGGAUAUUCUUUUGGAACCUUUCCAUUACCUCUGCGCCCAUCCUGGCAAAGACAUUCGUGCGAAAAUGAUGGAUGCCUUCAAUUUAUGGCUCAAAGUGCCUGAAGAGCAACUUGCCGUUAUCACCCGUGUCAUCGAAAUGCUGCAUUGCGCGAGCUUACUUAUCGAUGAUGUGGAAGAUGGAUCGGUGCUGCGUCGCGGUGUCCCGGUUGCGCAUCACAUUUAUGGCGUUCCACAAACGAUCAAUUGCGCCAAUUAUGUCUAUUUUUUGGCGCUGGCAGAAAUCAACAAGCUGAAUAAUCCACGCAUGGUCACUAUUUAUACCGAUGAAUUGAUUAAUUUGCAUCGUGGUCAAGGCAUGGAACUAUUUUGGCGCGACACGUUAACGUGCCCCUCUGAGGCCGAGUUUUUGGAGAUGGUGGAUAAUAAAACCGGUGGACUGUUGCGUUUGGCCGUGAAACUGAUGCAAGAAGCAAGCCAAUCUUCCAUAGAUUACACGGGUUUGGUGAGCAAAAUUGGCAUCCAUUUCCAAGUGCGCGAUGACUACAUGAACCUUCAAUCAAAGACUUAUACCGACAACAAGGGCUUCUGUGAAGACCUGACAGAGGGCAAAUUUUCUUUCCCUAUCAUCCAUUCCAUCCGAACCGAUCCAUCCAACCGCCAGCUUUUAAACAUUUUGAAGCAGCGUAGCGAAUCUGUAGAAUUGAAACAGUUCGCCUUGCAGCUUCUGGAAAAGACAAACACGUUCGCGUAUUGCCGGGCUUUUCUGACAGACAUGGAAACAAAAGCACGUGAAGAAAUUGCCAAAUUAGGCGGCAAUCCAAAGCUCGAAAAGAUAUUGGAUCUCUUGACCGUGAAAGAGUGA